AUGUGGUAUUUGACAGUAUUUUUCUUUCUUUCAUUUUCUUUCUUUCUUUCAUUCUUUUUUCAUUUUCUAUCAUUUUCUCUUUCUUUCAUUUUUAUUUCAUUCAUUUUCUUUCUUUCCUGCUUUUUGUCUUUCUUAUUAUACUUCUUUCAUUUUUCUUUCUUUCAUUCAUUUUCUUUCUUGAUUGUUUUGUAUUUCUUUCUUUUUCUUUCUUUCGUUCUUUCUUUCAUUCUUUCUUUCUUUCAUAUUCUCUCAUUUUUUCUUUCUUUCAUUUUUCAUUCAUUUUCUUUCUUUCCUGCUUUUUAUUUUUUACACUUUCUUUCAUUCAUUUUCUUUCAUUUAUGUUCUUUCCUUCUUUUAUUCCUUUUUUCUUGUUUGCUUUUUGUCUUUCUUACUAUCUUUUUUUCAUUUUUCUUUCUUUCCUUCAUCUUCCUUUCUUCUUUCAUUUUCUUUCCUUCAUCUUCCUUUCUUCUUUCAUUCAUUUUCUUUCAUUCAUUUUCUUUCCUUCAUUUUCCUUUCUUCUUUCAUUUCCUUUCCUUCAUUUUCCUUUCUUCUUUCAUUCAUUUUCUUUCCUUCAUUUUCCUUUCUUCUUUCCUUCAUUUUCUUUCCUUCAUUUUCCUUUCUUCUUUCAUUUUCUUUCCUUCAUUUUCCUUUCUUCUUUCAUUCAUUUUCUUUCCUUCAUUUUCCUUUCUUCUUUCAUUUUCUUUCCUUCAUUUUCCUUUCUCCUUUAAUUCAUUUUCUUUCAUUCAUUUUCUUUCCUUCAUUUUUCUUUCUUCUUUCAUUUUCUUUCCUUCAUUUUCCUUUCUUCUUUCAUUCAUUUUCUUUCAUUCAUUUUCUUCCCUUCAUUUUCCUUUCUUCUUUCAUUCAUUUUCUUUCCUUCAUUUUCUUUCCUUCAUUUUCUUUUCUUCUUUCAUUUUCUUUCCUUCAUUUUCCUUUCUUCUUUCAUUCAUUUUCUUUCCUUCAUUUUCCUUUCUUCUUUCAUUUUCUUUCCUUCAUUUUCCUUUCUUCUUUCCUUCAUUUUCUUUCCUUCAUUUUCUUUUCUUCUUUCAUUCAUUUUCUUUCCUUCAUUUUCCUUUCUUCUUUCAUUCAUUUUCUUUCCUUCAUUUUCCUUUCUUCUUUCAUUCAUUUUCUUUCAUUCAUUCUUUUUGCCUUCUUUCUUUCACUCAUUUUCUUUCUUGA